AUGGCGAAGACCAAGGUGGCACCGUUAAAGAAACGAACCAUACCCUGUUUGGAACUAAUUGGCGCAGUGCUUGCGAAUACUUUAACCUGCAAAAUUCUUGAAACUCUGCAGCUUAAAUCUACUCACACAUGGUACUGGUGUGAUUCGAAGACAGUGAUCAGCUGGAUUCGGUCCAAUCCUGGACAGCAUAAGCAGUAUGUUGCCAACCGGAUAGCAAAGAUUCAGGAGCUGACAAAUGUAGACGCGUGGCGGUACGUGCCCACUAAAUGCAAUCCGGCUGAUGUCGCGUCUCGUGGCAUGUACCCUUCGCAACUUGAAGACCUUAGCAUACACAUGGCUACAAAAGGACGAAAGCUAUUGGCCAGCAAGCAUCGUGAUUGA